AUGACCAAAAGGCAAGAAUCACCGACAUCUUCAACUACUCUGUUUUCUCUGCUAAUCUUUCUACUCUCAACUGUAGCUGGAGCCAGAUUCAUCCCACAUGUUUGCUCCCCUUCCUCGUGUGGAGACAUCGAAAUCAUCGACUACCCUUUUCGCCUAAAGACCGAUCCAGCUGGCUGUGGUGAACCAGUCUUUGAACUUUCUUGCGAGAACAACAAGACCAUAUUAGAAUUCCACUCAGGGAAGUAUUAUGUUAAGCAAAUUUCGUAUGACGAUAAUAGACUCCGUGUUGUUGAUUUUAACUUAGCUAAUGGUAGCUGCAGCCUUCCGUACAAAUCAGUCUCGGUUGCUGAAAUUAUAGGUGACAAUCACUAUAGAUUAGUCUCUGCUACCUAUACAAGUUUCAUCAAGUGUUCAAGUAAUUUGAGUGAUCAGGCAGCUUAUAGACUAGUUCCUUGUUUAAGCGGAAAUAAAACUAGUGUUUAUGUUAUUUAUGACAACUACAUAAUUUCUGAUCUUCAAGGAUCUUGCUCGUUCAUUUCAAGAGUUCCUACAGUAUAUCAGGCUGUGCUCUUCCCUUCCUAUGAUAGUAUCUUGCAGUUGAUGCAAUCGGGGUUUGAUCUUGAAUGGUCUAUUGGGUGCUGGGAUUCAUCAUUUAGCUAUGAUUGCUACAGAUCAGGUCAGUCAAAUGCUAACAAUAUUCCUUUAUUUCUUUAUAUGCUUUAA